AUGUCUAGUUUAACAUGGAUAUUCGAAGACGAGCCUUAUGACGCUUCCACUUUUGAUCAGGUACGGUCGGAUGAGGAUCCAAAUGUCAAAUCGGCCAAAGAUAAGGCAGGCACCUCCCCGGAUUCAGAAGGCGAACUACGCAUCAAAAAUGAUGACGACUUCACAAACGAGGGUCUCAUUCUGCUCUUGGGAGUAACGGGGUCUGGGAAGACCUACUUCUUAAACAAACUCAAGGAUCACAGUUUAGCAGAACAUCACGAUCCAUAUCUCGCAUCAGAAACGGCGCAAUGCAACCCCGUUCAGAUCUUUCUCGACGACGAAGGGAAUCGGAGCAUCACAGUGGUGGAUACUCCGGGUUUUGAUGAUACAAGCAGACCCGAAGGGGAGAUUUUGGCCGAGAUUGUCGGGUUCCUGGCCACACAGCAUGCUCUGGGCGUGCCCCUGCGAGGAGUUCUCUAUCUCCACAAGAUCACGGAUAACAGGAUGACGGGGUCUUCUUUGACCUACCUCAAUCUAUUUCGGUCCCUCGUAGGAGAGGAUGCGCUUGAGAACGUUGUCCUCGUCACAAGCAUGUGGAACAGGCUUCGGGACGAGGACCGCAGCCAAGGUCUCCGACGCGAGCAGGAGCUGAUCGACAAGUAUUGGAGCCCAAUGCUGAUAAAGGGCUCCUAUGUUUUCCAGUUUGACGGGACUACCGAAUCUGCCUUGAGUCUGGUCUAUCGCCUCGCAGAAAAAAAGGCUGUGGUGCUGAAGAUCCAGAAAGAAAUCAUGGACCAAGACAAAUCCGUCUUAGGCACCUCUGCAGGUCGAUACUUAGGACGCAAGCUAGAACACGACACGGAGUUGUAUCGAGCCAGAGCUGAGCAGCUAGAAGCACAGCUAGAAGCGGAGCUGAGGGGGCAGUCGCAGGACAGUGAGCUAAUACGAAAGCUGUGGCAGAACAAGGCUCAGACGAAAGAGGUGCUGAAGCAUUUGGAGGAGUCGAUGGAGCGCAUGAAGGUUCACCCGCGUUCAUCCACCAACCAGCACAUCAAGCAGAUUCAGGAGGAGAGAGAGGGGGGUACCAUUGCUGACAGGUUACGGCAGUGGCAAUGGAAAUUCCAGGCGUUGCUCUCAAGAAAAUAG